AUGAAACCGACCCUUAAGGUCGGUUUGCCUUCGUCUGCGGAUCCUGGGGAAAACCGCCCUCGGGUCCAUUCGGACCACACGGAUGAGGAGGAAAGGGAAUUUCCUCCGCCAUAUCAUCAGCCCACUGCUCCCCUACCUCGGGACCCUUUGCCCCCUCCUGCCGCGGUAGAACCCCGUACAUCUGGAGAGUCUCUUAUUGAUUUUUCUAGCCCUCCCCACACUCAUUCUGGCCAUCCCUAUGCCUCAACCUCGACGGCUCACUUAUUGGCGCCCUUGAGGCAAGUGCCGACAGGGAAUGGAUUGACCUUCAUCCAUAUCCCUUUCUCUACCACCGAUCUUUUUAACUGGAAGGAAAGUCUUCCCCCUUACAGGGAAUCACCCCAAAGAUACGUGGAUUUAGUGGAGCGGAUAAUAGCAACCCACCGCCCCACUGUCCUUGAUCUCUUUACCUUGUUGUCUGGCCUCUUGGGGGCUGAAGAUAAACGACAAGUCCUAAAAGCCGCUAGUGAACAUUACGUCCCUUUACAGGCCGCAGCAGCAGAACGGCAAGAUCCCGACGCUGCCUGGCCGUUGCCUCAUGUGCUUUUGAACCCAACAUAUGAGGCGGAUGCCAAUAACCUGCAUGGCCUUAUGGCCCUUAAUCAUGCUAGACAGGCCAUCCUCCAGGGCCUCAAAACGGGAGUCCCCAAGACGGUGAAUUUCCACCGGGUUCACCAGAUAUUACAAGAGCCAAAGGAAUCUCCCACUGAUUUCCUUAAUCACCUGAAGGAUAGUUUUUGCUGGUACACUGAUUUAGAUCCAGAUGCCCCUGGCAAUGAGGUUAUCUUAAAAAUGACCUUCAUAGGGCAGUCAGCCCCAGACAUAAGAAGAAAAUUGCAGAAGUUGGAGGCCCCCACCGCAGAGAGCCUAGAGAAACUGAUUCAGUUAGCCUUCACUGCGGACCAGUGUGCCCUCUGUAAGCAAGUGGGGCAUUGGCAUAAUGAAUGCCCCUGGAAUCAGGGCCACCAGGGCCCACCCCCACAACCCUGGAAGGGAGGGCCAUCUCGUCAGAUGUUUCAGGGGGCGGUAGAGGACAUGCCCAAUUCCUUCUGAUGUUCCUCCAGUGGCGGCCCUCUUCUCUCCUUCCCCAAGCCCCUGGUGGAGUUGGAAAUCGGGGGAAGGUUAUGUAAAUUCCUCGUUGAUACGGGGGCAACUUUCAGUGUUCUCUGUGAUGCUCCUUCCCAAGCUUAUUUGGGAUGUCAGGUUCCCGUGACCGGGAUAUCGGGAGAAGAUUGGCAAGCCAUCAUGACCACCCCCUUGCCGGUGGAGGGCCCCGGAAUUCCGCCCCGAAUGGAUCACCCCUUCCUAGUAGUGCCUGAGUGCCCUGUGAACCUCUUGGGCCAGGACCUACUCACUAAAUUACAAGCAACUGUCUCUUUUUCCCCUAACGGGCCCGUUUUGACCUUUGCUCCUGAUUGGUCUUAUGUGCUCUUCCUGGGUAAAGGGGACAGAGCAAGCCUGGCCCUUGAUGAAUUACCAGUAGAUUUGAAGAUUUGGUACUCCGGAACCCCUGGAUUCGCCAAAUUCGCUAUCCCCCACCAUGCUAAACUGUUGCCUGGGGCACUGCCUGUUGCCGUCCGGCAGUAUCCCAUUUUGCAAAAUGCCAGGAAAGGGAUUCAGCCCCUCAUUUCCUUGUUUCAACAAACUGGAUUGCUGGUAGCGUGUGAGUCACCAUGGUCCACCCCUAUUUUUCCAGUCCCUAAGCCUGAUGGAACCUGGAGGUUUGUCCAGGAUCUGAGGGAGGUAAACGCCCGAGUGGUUCCCCUCCACCCCGUGGUUGCCAACCCAUAUACCAUUUUGACCACCCUAACCAGAUCACAAGUCUGGUAUAUGGUGAUAGAUUUAAAGGAUGCAUUCUUUUGCAUUCCCCUGACCCAGGAGAGUCAGCCUUUGUUUGCCUUUGAAUGGCAGGAGCCCUAUACCCAUCAGACCACUCAGUUGACCUGGACCCGGUUACCUCAGGGAUAUAGGAAUAGCCCCACUGUAUUCACAGCGGCCUUAAGCCGAGAUCUUGCGGAGUUCUUGGCUGCCCCAGCUUCCCUCCUCCAGUAUGUAGAUGACCUGCUACUAGCAGCUGAGAUGAGAGAGGUAUGCACCCAAAUUGGGAUUGGACUUCUGAACCAUCUGGCUGAGCGAGGAUACACUGUCUCCAAGGGAAAGGUCCAGUGGGUCACCCAGGAGGUUCAGUACCUGGGAUAUCUGAUAAAACAGGGCUUUUGCUCUCUACACCCUAGUCGCUUGAGAGCUGUGGCAGCCUUACAAGAGCCCCAAAACCUCAAACAGCUGAGAUCAUUCUUGGGUGUUACUGGGUUCGCUUGUCUGUGGAUACCUGGCUACUCCCUGAUGGCUAAGCCCUUGUAUGGCUUGACUCAAAAGGACAUGGCAUGGGAUUGGACGGGAGAGCACAGACAGGCCUGGGCCGGCCUUAAAAAUGCAUUAGCUCAAACAGCAGCCCUUGUGCUUCCGGACCAGAGCCGACCCUUUUCUCUCUAUGUUACUGAACGAUGA